AUGGCUGCGAGUCCCUCUGUAGUCCCUAUGGCUGCUCCGGUGAUGCCGGUGCUGUCAUCGAGCAGCGAUUUCUCAAAUUUGCGAGAAAUAAAGAAGCAGCUACUACUCAUCGCGGGCCUUACCCGGGAGCGGGGUCUACUGCACAGUAGUAAAUGGUCCGCGGAGUUGGCCUUCUCGCUCCCUGCCUUGCCUCUGGCGGAGCUGCAGCCGCCGCCGCCUAUUACAGAGGAGGAUGCCCAGGAUAUGGACGCUUAUACCCUGGCCAAAGCCUACUUUGAUGUUAAAGAGUAUGAUCGGGCAGCACAUUUCCUGCAUGGCUGCAAUAGCAAAAAAGCCUAUUUUCUAUACAUGUAUUCUAGAUAUCUGUCUGGAGAAAAGAAGAAGGAUGAUGAAACAGUUGAUAGUCUAGGUCCCCUGGAGAAAGGACAAGUUAAAAAUGAGGCACUUAGAGAAUUGAGAGUGGAACUUAGCAAAAAACACCAGGCUCGGGAACUUGAUGGAUUUGGCCUUUAUCUAUAUGGUGUGGUGCUUCGAAAACUGGACCUGGUGAAAGAGGCUAUUGAUGUGUUUGUGGAGGCUACUCAUGUUUUGCCUUUGCACUGGGGAGCCUGGCUAGAACUCUGUAAUUUAAUUACGGACAAAGAGAUGCUGAAGUUCCUGUCUUUGCCAGACACCUGGAUGAAAGAGUUUUUUCUGGCUCAUAUAUACACAGAGUUGCAGUUGAUAGAGGAGGCCCUGCAAAAAUAUCAGAAUCUCAUUGAUGUGGGCUUCUCUAAGAGCUCAUAUAUUGUUUCCCAAAUUGCAGUUGCCUAUCACAAUAUCAGAGAUAUUGACAAAGCCCUCUCUAUUUUUAAUGAACUAAGGAAACAAGACCCAUACAGGAUUGAAAAUAUGGACACAUUCUCCAACCUUCUUUAUGUCAGGAGCAUGAAAUCAGAGUUGAGUUACCUGGCUCACAACCUCUGUGAGAUUGAUAAAUAUCGUGUGGAAACAUGCUGUGUAAUUGGCAAUUACUAUAGUUUGCGUUCUCAGCAUGAGAAGGCAGCCUUAUAUUUCCAGAGAGCACUGAAAUUGAAUCCUCGGUAUCUUGGGGCAUGGACACUGAUGGGACAUGAGUACAUGGAAAUGAAGAACACAUCUGCUGCUAUUCAGGCAUACAGACAUGCCAUUGAGGUCAAUAAACGGGACUACAGAGCCUGGUAUGGGCUUGGACAGACCUAUGAAAUCCUCAAGAUGCCAUUUUACUGCCUUUAUUAUUACAGACGGGCCCAUCAGCUUCGGCCGAAUGAUUCUCGUAUGCUGGUUGCUUUAGGAGAAUGUUAUGAGAAACUCAAUCAACUAGUAGAAGCCAAAAAGUGUUAUUGGAGAGCUUACGCCGUGGGAGAUGUGGAGAAAAUGGCUCUGGUGAAACUGGCCAAGCUUCAUGAACAGUUGACUGAGUCAGAACAAGCUGCCCAGUGUUACAUCAAAUAUAUCCAAGACAUCUACUCCUGUGGGGAAAUAGUGGAGCACUUGGAGGAGAGCACUGCUUUCCGUUAUUUGGCACAGUACUAUUUUAAGUGCAAGCUGUGGGAUGAAGCUUCAACUUGUGCCCAAAAGUGUUGUGCAUUCAAUGAUACCCGGGAAGAAGGCAAGGCCUUGCUCCGGCAAAUCCUACAGCUUCGGAACCAAGGGGAGACUCCCUCCACUGAGAUGCCUGCUCCCUUUUUCCUCCCUGCUUCACUUUCUGCUAACAACACUCCCACACGCAGAGUUUCUCCACUCAACCUGUCUUCAGUCACACCGUAGUUGGCUGUUUUCAAGCCAGCACACUAGUAGACCCAUGUUAAGCCUUACUUCUGUGUAAGGAAUGGCCACAUCUGUUCUUCCAAGGACCUUAGUUGUCCGUUUGUACAGAUGGAAACAGCUCCUUGGGGAUGGUUUACAGAAUCUGACAGAAUAAUCCUGGCAGGAACGGACAUGGUCUUUUGCCGUUUAGAAGCACUUCUGUUUCCCUCUGUUCAGAGAGUGGCUACGAAUCUGGGCCUUCUUCCCAGACCUUUUCUCCCCAUCUAAAAAACAUCCCUUUAACAGCACUUUAGUACAGGCAAGGCUUACAGAAACCAAGUU